AUGUCGUCAAGUGAUUCAAUCAUCGAUUUUACAGGUGGCUUAAAAGAACUUAAAGAAUUAAUUCAGCAGAAAAAGUCACUAAUUGUAGUUGAUGUAUAUGCAUCAUGGUGCGGUGGCUGCAAAGUCCUCGGUCAAAGGCUGCCAAUAAUUUCAGAGAAAAAUCCAGAUGUCACUUUUAUCAAAGUAGACUGUGAGAAGAAUGAAGUGGUAGGAUGCCAUUUCGAUCCACCUUCACUUCCAGGAAUAUAUUUUCUUAGAGCCGACUCUUCCAAAGAGGGAUAUAAAAUUUUAGAUGAAAUGUAUGGCGCAAAUAUCCAAAAAAUCGAAGAUUUAAUAGCAAAAUAUAAAUAA